AAAGCUGUGCUUCGGUUAGUUAGUGCCUGCGCCGUUGUCGUACUUCUCUCCAUUUCCUGUUUGCCCUUUCAGGAGGAGGCGUAGAACUUUAUGCUAACAUGAAAUGGAGAUCACUCGGACCAGACCGUCCUUGUAUGGAGAAAUCGCUCAUGGUCUUGGAUUCUGGACAGACCGGUCAGCAGUACACGAGGCUGCUGCACAGGGCAGAGUCCUCCAGCUUCAGCAGCUGAUCGAGGGAGGUGCAGCAGUUAACAUCGUGGCUGUUGACUCCAUCACCCCGCUGCAUGAAGCAUGUAUACAGGGACAGACCCAGUGUGUUCAACUGCUGCUGGGCGCUGGUGCACAGGUGGAUGCUCGUAACAUCGAUGGCAGUACACCACUGUGUGAUGCCUGUGCGGCUGGUAGCCUUGAAUGCGUCAAGCUGUUGUUGGAGUAUGGAGCGACAGUUAACCCUCCACUGUUUACUUUCUCACCUCUUCACGAGGCAUGCAUGGGAGGUAAUUCAGAUUGUGUUCAGCUCAUGAUUGAUCAAGGAGCUUUCAUGGAGGCCCAUGACUGCCACUAUGGGACACCACUUCAUGUAGCCUGUGCCAGGCAACACUAUAACUGCGCCAAAGUUCUCCUCAAUGCAGGGGCAAACGUUAAUGCUGCCAAGCUACACGAGACUGCCCUUCAUCACGCAGCCAAGACAAACAACGUGGACUUGGUUGAGCUACUUGUGGAAUUUGGGGGGGACGUGUAUGCCAGAGAUACUCUGAACAAAAAACCCAUCCAGUACACCAGUGUUGGAUCUCCCUGUUACCUCUGCCUUGAGUUCUAUGAGAAUACCCCGCUCAAUCUACAGCAGAUCAGCAGACUGGCUUUGAGGAAGGCGCUCGGCACAAGAGCAUGUGAAGUUGUUUUCAAGCUUGAGUUGCCCAAUCGCAUCAUACGUUUCCUUUCCCACAUGCCACCUCCAGUUAUUGAGCUCCCAUCACUGAGCGACAAUCAGGAUGUCUGAAUCCUGAUUGAGCAUUGAGAUUUUAGAAUAAAUAAGCAGGCGUUCUACAUCAGCAAAGUUAAUCAUUAAUGUUGUAGCUGAUGUUUUGAUUGCUGGGGAGAGAAAGCCAUCCCACAUACUGUGUACUAUCAGGUUAUGAAGACACAUAAAUGACUAUAUUCUGGCCACCAAAUUAGUCUUGACUUAACUCACAUGUCACCUCUGGUUUGGUCCUGCAACUCAUUUACUUCAAGAAAAAUGGCAGAUACAGGGAUUUGAAGGGUUAGGACUCAACCGUAGCAGCCAGCUAAUAAAGGCCACACACUUACACACCCACAGCAAACCUACAUAGGCAUAUUAACAUUUCUGGCUGAUCAGGUUUCCUGUCAGGACUGCGUGACACACUCUCCUGUUUGCUUUUUCCACCCGUUUUAAGAGGACAAACAUUUAUCAUGCAUGUGGUAGAAUCAGCCACAAUAGCUGGACACACAAGUGUGAUUUCAUCCUAGAUGCUGUUAAUACUUUGCUAUGAUUGUAUUUAUUUGUACAUAAAUAUUAUAUUUUAAUGUAAAUGUGUAAAUAAUGUAGAUGGUUCCACCUUUUAUUGGUGUUGUGUAAAUAAAUAGACCAAAACAAUUUUUUCAGCAAUGUGUAUGUUAAUACAAUUUCAUUAAAAUAGUUAGAAUUCACUGUGGUUAUUGGGUUGCUAACUAAAUAGUAAUCAGCAGUUUGAAGAUGUAAGAUCAGGAGCUUUGAGACGUGAGGAGCAAAUUUGACUCACACAGGGCUCCUGUAGGACAUUUAUUUGUCAGAAUGAAUUUAUAAUGUUGUGUCAUGUAAAUACACCACAUGAAUACAGAUGACAUGUACUGUAUUUUAAAUUGCUUGAUAAACUAAGAUUUCAUGUGGAGAUUUUUGUUUUGUUUUUACAGUACUGAUAUCAUCACAAGGAGCUCAGAAACAUUGGCUGGCUAUCCAAGAGCAGUUUUUGUUGAUGCAUAAUUAUGUUAGGAGAACAAAGACUCUGCUCUGUUACCUGACUAAAUACAUUAAAUAUGUUGAUACAACACA